AUGGCAAGAGCCAAUGCACAGUUUGAUACUGAAGAUGAUGAUGAUGAUAGAAAUGAUUUGCGUUAUUUUCAUAUUCCUUAUGUUGCAAAUUAUGGCAAACAAUUUUUUUCUAAUUUUCUAAACUCACCAUUGUUACCAAUAGAACAAACUAUUAAGCCGUUGGUGCAACUAAUUGAUGAUAUUGAGACAAAGCUUUAUAUCAUUAAGCAACAAUUGCAUGCUGAUAGUACCAGGGAUUUGACGCUAGAUGAGUUAGGAGCCAUUCAUCUCUACACUUUGGAAGAAUCACCACACACCAAAUGCAUUUAUUAUCUUCUUAACCAAGCAAUUCGUCGUGGACUGCCGGAAGAACUUCAACUAUGGUAUCCAUACUUAAAUUUAUUAUUAACAGCUCUUGACAAACUACGAUCGAUAGACCGACAUUGUACAGUUUAUCUUGGUGUACGUUCAUGUGACUUAUCCGAUGAGUAUAAAGAGGAUGGUAUAUAUACAUGGUGGAAUUUCAGUUCAUGUUUACCAUCAUUGGAUCAAAUGAAAUUGCCGAGGUUUCUAGGUGCGGGUGGUGUGCGUACUGUCUUUAAAAUUGAUUGCUAUAGUAGCAAACGACUUCCAUGGUCGGAUGAUGACGAAGUUAUAUUGAUGCCAGGAUUUCAUUUUCAAGUUGUUGGAAAAUUACGCUCAUUAGAUGGUCUAAAUACAACUUAUAUUCGAGAAAAACCACCAUCUUCUGUUGAACUCAUGUCAUCUGUACGAAUUGUUAAGGCAGUAGAAGCAGCACCUCGAAAGUCGCCAUCAGUAGCAGCACUUGACAUAGAGCAACAAGAAAAACCAUCAAGAAAACGACGACCGGGUUUCAAGAAAACUGCACAUCGAAUAAUAAAAAUGUCGCAGGUAUUAAAUGGAUGCUCGGAUCAUGUUCUUCAAUUAUCUGGUAAGAAGUUGUCUUUUGACGAGUUAAAACAUACGCUAAACGAACGAUUAAUACAAGAAAUAACAAUACUAAAUUUAUCUAAAACACAUUUAACAAAAGAAAAAGCAAAGGUUGUUGCUGAAAUCUUACGGAAGAAUGUCAUUCUUACUGAACUUAAUUUAAGCUAUAACCCAUUAGGUAAUGUUGGUUGUUUGCGAAUCGCUCAAGCACUGCGUGACAAUAAACAUUUGUUAAAAUUGAAUUUAUACAACACAAAACUGUCGUGUGAUGCUGGCCAAUAUCUAGCUGAAAUGCUAUCAUUAAAUCAUCAUCUACAUUCUCUACAUUUGGGUGUUAAUUCGCUUAGUAAUGUAGGAGUCAAAGAUUUGCUCAGUGGCAAUAUACAAUUGCAUUACUUGAACUUAUCUUGUAAUAGAAUUGACCAAGACGGGUGCCAACAUUUAGCUGAUUUCUUAGAGAACAAUCAAACACUUAUAGAUUUAGAUUUCGGUGGAAAUCCAAUUGGUGAUAAAGGAAUUCAGAUACUUUAUAAUAGUUUAAUGAGUAAUAAAACAUUAACCGAUUUACGUGUAUGGCAUUGCCAAAUCAGUAAUCCUGAAACAAUAUGUAAUUUAAUAAAGUCAAAUUCGAGACUAGUACAAUUAGAUUUGGAAGGAAAUCAAAUAACUGACGAGCACGCGAGCGCUUUAUUAAUGGCAACGAAAAAUAACACAACAUUAAAGAAACUGAAUCUUUCUCACAAUAAAAUUUCCGAUAAACUUAAAAAAACAUUGCAACAACUGGCAACACCUCAUUUAUCUGUAAUUAUCGGAUAA